CGAAAAUGUGGGUGUGUGUAGGGACAUUGCUGCUAUUAGGAAUAGCUUCUAUUAAUGUGCUCGCAGUAGACUACGAAUUUAUCCUGGAGGAUCCAGAAGUAUUCAACGAAUGUUCAGAUGCCCCACCCGGUACAUUGGAUAUAUAUGGAUUAUUUGAUUUUGAGCACUUAACAAUAACACAAGUUGAAGAAAAAGUCCAUGUGAAGGGCAAUGUAACCACCAUCUGGGAUGUGCAACCUGGCGAUCGUGUUGCCGCAUCACUAUCUGUGCUCCACUUUGCACGAGGAGCUUGGGAACCCACUGUUUUUAGUAUGAGUCAUCCAGAUUUCUGUGGCUUGUUGUACGGCAAAGACCAGUAUUGGUAUAAAUUUUGGACUCAGUUUAUUACCAACCGAAAAGACGUAGAAAAGAAGUGCCUUAAUACUCCUGGCACCGUCCUGGUUCAUGAACCAUUCCCUAUAAGAGUGGUGAUAACUAACAUGCGAUCCAAUUUCGGCGGACGCUAUAAGAUGAUUUUUAAGUUUGAAGCUUUUGAUAUGUCGAAUUUUAAGCGGAACACCAGCAUAUGUUAUGAAAUUAGAGGUGAAUUUGUAAGAUUAUAGCAUCUGUAAAUCAAAAAUGAAGUAAAAUGC